UUUAGAAAGUUACUUUUGUUUAGUUUUUUUUUUUCAACUUUUGGUUCUUGCCACUGUUCUUGCAGACUACUUUGAUUUGUUAUCCACUUAUUGUCCCUAUGUUGGAAUAUAGUUAUGUCUUUGAAAAGUGUGAAGUCAGAGGACUCGGAGGAGUGGAGUGGAGGGACCAGUGAAGUUUUAUAUAAAGGGCAUGAAAUAAAACAGGAACUCGUUUUGGGCCCUAUAGUGCUGCAGCGUUCUGUCGUGGCCCAUACGCUGAAUGGUCAGAAUAAUGCCUAUGUCAACAAAGCAGACAUGUCCCCAAAACCAGCGAGUAUAAAACGGGAGCCAGUUGAUGAUGACCUACUGUUGGUCGCAGACCUGGGGACUGAUGAGAUGGUGCGGCUGGGCUCGACUCCGGAAACUAUGGGCGCUGACAAUGAAAUCUAUAAUAUUAAAAAGGAAGCCACCGUGCCCACAUCAAGAGCUUUUGCUGUACCCCAGAAUGCCGCAAGUGCCAUGCCUGCCUCGCUCGUUGACGCUGCUGUUAAGGAGGAGCUUUUGAAGGACGAGGUUGCUGGCGAUUGUGAAAAUGGCAUGUACCGGCGAAGCCGAAGAAUAACCAACAAGCAAAAGGCAGAAGCGGAAAAACAAGAGUAUAUUAAAUAUAGCAGUAAAUUAACAUUUGAAACGGAUUCGGAAGAUAAUGAUACAGAUUCAGAAUAUGACGAGAAAAAAUCAAAACAUGAAGAAACUACAGACAGUGACGAAAACCCGAAUUUGAAUGUAAAUAAAAUAAAAAAAGUUAAAAGGCCGAAGAAACGGCACAUUUGUGAGUUUUGUAAUAAAGAGUAUAAGUAUAGAGCAGGAUUGACAAAUCAUAUUAGAACACAUACUGGUGCAAAGCCAUAUUCAUGUAAUAUAUGCCCAAAAACCUUCUCAGAUUGCGCUGUACUGGUCCGACAUAGACGCAUGCACGCUGGCUUAAAACCUCACGUUUGUGAUAUCUGUGGCAAAAAAUAUAGCGAAAAGUAUCUAUUAAAAAACCAUAAACUAGUACAUACGGGCGAAAUGCAAUAUUUCUGUAAAUUUUGCCCGAAACAAUUCGUUAAUUCGUCUAAUUAUAGGAGACAUGAAAAGAUUCAUAUGCUUAAAUAUGAAUGCGAUAUGUGCGGUAAGCGUUUUGAUAAUAAAGAUAAGUUAGUUUCUCAUAUUGUUAAUCAUAUGAAACCUAAGCCGUUCGUUUGUAAGUUUUGUAAGAAAGGUUUUUCUCUAAGUGGGCAUUUGAACAGGCAUUUAGUGAUACAUGUAGGAACGAAAGAAACGUAUAAAUGUGGCAAUUGUAAGCAAAAGUUUACCCAGAGAGCGUCGCUGCAAAGGCAUGUUGAGAGAAAUGUUUGUAGAAAGAAAGUUUUUAAAAAGUAAACAUUUUCAAUGUGGACAAUAGGGAUGUUGACAUGAAUUGCGAAUAUAUAAAAUGUUAUGUUUUUACCUUAGCAGGAGAUAUUAGAAUGCUGAAAAUCAUAUUUUGUAAGUGUAAAUAUGCGUAAUAAAUUUAAAAUUUAAAAAAAUUAUUAUAAAUAAUUAAAAGGCCCAGGCGGAGAUGGCGGGACGACUUAGACACCUUCACUAAUAACUGGCCGGAAACAGCUCAACAACGGGAGUCAUGGAAAUCUAAGGGAGAGGCCUGUGCCCAGCAGUGGGAUACUACAGAUAAAAAAAAAAAAUUAAAAGUUCAAAAUAAUGCCCAGCAUAUCACGUGACUGCAAACGCAAAUCGGAGCGCGUGACGUCACGGUGUGAGACACGCACAGACAAGUUGUCAAACCUGGUGGUCCUCUGGCACUGACAGCGGUUUGUUUAUCACAUCGUUACGUCAUCAAGAUCACGUGACAGCUUGGAGCGUUAAUGCGCGAAAAUUAAACACUAAACUAAUUAAAAUCAAUUUUUUAUUAAACAUUAAUAAAUAAAAAUUACAAAAUUUUUUUUUGCAAUAAUUACGUCUAUAAAUGGAAACCGUUCUAAAAAAAUGUCAACAUCCCUAUUAAAACAUUUAAUCUGAGUCAUAAAAUUAUUAAGUUUCAACUUUUGUAUGAUUGUAUAAAUAAGCUGUUAUAUUUUUGACCGUUUUUAUCAUUUAUUUAUUGUAUUGUCAUGUACAUAAUAGGUGUUACAUAAUAUAAAGUCAGAUCAUGACACCCUGUAAGGGCACACAAUAGUAAAUUUACAACACCAUGUAAGUAGUAAUUUUACAUAUUUAUACAUUUAUAAUUUAUACCUACUGUACAUUCGCCAUCAGAUAUAUCGGAGCGACCAAGGCGCUCACAAAUAUCUGAACACGUCUUUAUUGUCAAAGCGUUAGAGUGCGUGUUCAGAUAUUUUUGAGCACUUUGGCUGCUCCGAUAUAUCUGAUGGCGACUGUACUUAGGUACCUACGCUACGAUGUGCUGAAUUUUCUAAGGGGAAAGCAAUAUUUUCUUAUACAUUUUAGAAAAAUAAUUAUAUUAACUAUACAUAUAUUAAAUUUAAUAAAAAUAUAUAAAUCAUAAUAUUAAUUCAUAUAAUUCAUUAAUUAUGAAUUAUUUAUUUGCAUUGAUACAAAUGAAUAAUAAUAAUUAAUUCUUUAUUUCGAAGUACAUGACUGCAUUAGGUAUUAGUAUAUAAAUUCCAAAAUUAGAAUAAUUAAAACCAUGUUAGUGCCUAGACUAAGAUAGAUUAACCUUUUGGACGCCAAUGACCGAUAUAUACGCACCGUAGGUUCAACGCCAAAGACCAAUUAAUCGGUCAUAGACCACAGAGCAAAUUAGACCUACAUGCAUAUGCAUAAAGUUCAAUUUCAGUUUUGACACUUCGGUGACGUGGCGUCUGGAUGACAGCUUUUGUGUUUGACACGGCGUCGAAAAGGUUAAAAUUAAAAAGUAUAACUAAAAAUUAGGAACAUAAUAAUAAUAUAAACUAAUCUCUAAAUUAAUUUCAUUAAGAUGUGCCUUACGGUAUGGAAUUAUUUCCGUCCAUUCUGAAUAACAAUAUUUAGGUAAAUUGUGCCUUUACUAAUGUUAGAAUAUUUUUAUGAUAGAAAAAUGUAUUAUAUUGUAAGUUAUAUCUGACUAACGUUAUUAUGUAGGUAUUUGUUACUAACAUAGUUAACGAGCAAUACAUUAAUUAAUAGCCCGAUAAACCUUUUAACAAAGAUAUAUGUAACUCCGUAUAAGAUAAGUAAAGUCUAAGGAAAAACGUGCCUCGGAAAUCAAGAAAAAGUUAUACUCUAAUUAUUAGAGUAUAACUUUGGCGCCAUUGUUCUAUUAGAGUCUAAUAGAUCGAUGGCGCCACACCUUUGGCCUAUGCUCGUGUAGAUGGCGUUGGCGACACCGUUUGAUAUUUAACAAUUUUUAGACAUAUCAGUGAAAGAACAUGGGUCAAAGUCAUACGGCGUUAUUAAAAAAAAUAUUUAUCCAUAUAUCUAUUUUUUUUUAAUAUUUUUAGUCAUUUUCAUUUUUAGUUUUAAUCCUGUGUUGAAAGAUGGCAGUAAAUUUACUGUCACUACAAAAUUUGCUAUGACAACAACCCUCUAUACACUUUAUUCUCUUUGGUUGUCGUCUAUUAUUUGAAUUAUAUAGGUACGUAGGUAUAUUAUUAGAAUGAUAUACCUAAUUAUUCUUAAGUAUGUAAGAAUUUAAAUUU